CUGCCGCUCAGUUUGAGCAGAGGAGCAGCAGGAGAGCACAGAGCCGCUGAGGGAGAGAGGACGGAGCAGAGAGCUCAGAAAUGUGUGUGACCAGUUAGAGGAACACUCGUUCUGGCUCUGCAAUGCGCGUUAGAGGCGCGUUUUCGUUUUUACGCACAGCGCAGUGAUAAAGAUUAAUAGAUAGUAAUAGAUUGUUAUCGAAAUGUCCAUGGAAAAUACUUACAACUGUAUUCCUGAAUUUAUUAUUUCCAAGACAGCGGAGUCUUUCAGUGAACAUUCCCCAGACUAUACACUUCCAACAGAGCGUGCGGCGGAGAAGCUUUUCUGAAACUUUCGAUUGUUCACUUUGCAUUUAGCAUUUAACUUUGUUGCGUAAUGAAAUAGGUUUAUAUCCACUGGUUUUAGUGUGACUUUCGGUCUUAAAUAGCAAAAUGGAUCCUUUAUUCAAUACCACCGACGUGCCAAAUUGGACCACCGGCUCCAACGACACCAAUAACGGGACCGUGUACUGGAACCAGUUUGUGCAGCCAGUCUGGAGAAUUGUCCUCUGGGCCAUUGCGUACAGUUGUAUAGUUAUCGUGUCCGUGGUAGGUAAUCUUAUAGUGAUCUGGAUUAUUAUGGCACAUAAACGCAUGAGGACCGUCACCAACUAUUUUUUACUCAACCUGGCGUUCGCUGAAGCCUCCAUGUCCGCCUUCAACACGGUGAUCAACUUCACCUACGCCGUGCAUAAUGAGUGGUACUUCGGACUGGUCUACUGCCGCUUCCACAACUUCUUUCCGAUCGCGGCUGUCUUUGCCAGCAUCUACUCAAUGACUGCCAUCGCCCUGGACAGGUACGUGGCCAUCAUCCACCCUCUGCAGCAGCGCAUGUCGUCGACAGAGACCAAGUUGGUGGUGGGAGUGAUCUGGGUGCUGGCUUUGCUCCUUGCUUUCCCUCAGUACUACUACUCCACCACACACCAGCUCCCCGACAGGGUGGUGUGCUACAUCGACUGGCCCGAAUAUACCAUCUGCAACUUCAAAAACAUCGCACCGGCUUGCCAGAGAAGCUAUGAGUACUAUGUGUGUGUGGCCGUCCUGCUCUACUUCCUUCCUCUGCUGGUGAUGGGUUGUGCUUAUCUGGUGGUAGGACUGACCCUCUGGGCCAGUGAGAUCCCUGGAGACUCUUCUGACCGCUACAAGGAACAGCUGACUGCCAAACGCAAGGUGGUGAAGAUGAUGAUUGUGGUGGUGUGUACGUUUGCCAUCUGCUGGCUGCCCUUCCACGUCUACUUCCUGCUGCACCAGUUCUUUCCUGACAUGUUUGAAGAAAGGUUCAUUCAGCAGGUUUAUCUGGCCAUCAUGUGGCUGGCUAUGAGUUCCACCAUGUACAACCCCAUCAUCUACUGCUGCCUCAACGACAGAUUCCGAGCUGGUUUUAAACAAGCCUUCCACUGCUGCCCCUGCGUCCCUCGAGGCUCUUACGAAGGCCUGGAACUCAAAUCUACUCGUUACCUUCAGACCCAGACAAGCGUUUACAAGGCCAGCCGGAUGGAGACCACAGUGUCCACUGUUCUCCAGGUUGGGGAUGACAUGGAGCAGCCCAAGGUCAAGGUGAUAGCGGGUCCAGGGCCCGUUGGGGCGGCGGUCGGGGCCAGACCACAUAGCUCCUCCCUGGACCUCACCUCGAAUGGGUCAUCCUCCCGGAGCGUCUCCAAAACAGUGUCAGAGACGUCCAGUUUCUACUCCAGUAACAACCUACAGGAAUAGACCUCAAACACAGGUGGCAUUUUGCCGGACAGCAGGGCUGAGAGUGAGUUGACUGUUCACAUUGCUGCUUUUGCCUGCGUGUAUUCCUGCAAAAGCACAGCGUGAAUGUGUGAGUUUGUCUGCCAGUGACUGUGUCUAAGUUUUUGAUGAGUACAUUUCCACAGUGUUCACUGGAACGUAAUGUUAGGUAAUUUUGCAAGUGAGACUAAGUCCCUGUUCCCUGAGUGCUGUCUUCACCUUGUAUAAAGUACACAUGCUGCUCACAGUUAAUGAUCAAUUCCCAUUCGAAAGGUUUGCUCAAUGUCAAAAAGUGAUGACGGGCACUUCAACAACAUGAGCACAUUCCAGUUCAAAUGCUAAACUGAAGCAGAAACUAGUGUCUCCAGUCUUCACAGCCUCUGCUUGUCACACCAGCCUUCUCUCAGUGCAGAGUGAAGGUUCACACAUCCGCAAUCACAAGCUGUGUGACUUCACACAGUCUAUUUUGGAGUGGAGCUCUAACAUGAGACCAGCAUGCUUUGAACGCAGCGGCUCGUCGUUUUAACAAGGGUGUUCUCUGCGAAGAUACAUAGUUUGGAGACCUCGGGUUUUCAGAAAGUUCUCUACACCUCUAAUGGAGAAAACCUGGUUUUCACAGGAACUCUCUCCCAGAAGAUACGUGUUGAAAACAGAGGCAGAUGUGUAGUUCCAGUUGAAAGGCUCUAUCAGAAAAGGUGAUAGAGAAGAAAAUCAACGAAGUAUAAACUCUGAACCCAUACCCAAACUGCCCAAUACGAGACCUCAAACCCAGAUGUAGUCCUCAGUGACACCACUGAACCCAAACAACACCGGUGUGUAGCUUAGAGAUCGAUCUGCAAAGGACAGCAGAUGAAACGUUCCAGUUUCCUACAGAAUCAAUACAGUUUCACAGUAAUAACUGUCCCCUCAGCUACCUGUCUGUGUAACCUGCUCCACCUUUUAUCAGACACAUGACACUGGGUCGUGAUUUAAAUGCAAGGCACCACUUUCAAACUGUGAAAUAUUUAUGUAACUCUCAUUAGCUGCUCUACCCUUCCACCUGGCAGUAACAUGCACUCCGUAUCUUAAUGCGAUUUGGCUGGAUUACAUUAAUACCUGACAAAUGUAUCUCCAGUACACACUUUUUGUUGCCUGUUUCAUUUGUGUGCAUUUUCUUGGUAUUGGGUGGUUUAGGUGAUCAGAUCUUCUGAUUCUUUCAAAUAUCCACAUUUCAUAUGCUGUUGCUCCAUCCAAAUGUAAUCCAGUCAUACAAGAUGCACGUUAAUAUCAGGUUUAAAGGGCUUCGUAGAUGUUGCAGCCUGAAAUGUGCAGAGGCAGCCUGUUAGCUGUAGCUCUCUAAUGUGCAGAGAUGUGCCUUGCUGCGUAGCAUAAUGUCUGCAAAAGGGCGAGGGGAGCAGAGACACAGCUCACUCUGCUGGGGUCCAGGAAAAAGGAAGAUUAGGUAACAGGGGCUACGGAAGCCCACUGGGACAAACUGUCUUAACCUCUUACAGUGGUAAACACACACACAGACGCCUAUGUACACACAGAAACAUAUAACCACUGUAAAAAAUGACAAGCUUGGCAUGGGAUUUUAGUGAAAAAAAAUUAACCUUGUCUCACAAUAUUCUUAGUCAAACUGUCAGUGCUAUAGUGGCAAAUAGUUGUAUUAGUUUCGACAGAUUUCACUUUAUAUCAUGAUAGUCAAACUUCUUUCAAGAUAUUCACUUGCCACAAGUCUCAGUUGGAAGAUUUGAUGUAUAGUUUUUUUUUAUAUAUAUAUAAUUUCUUAAAGGAAGUUGAGUUUAUUCAUGGAAGCCAGAAUAUUUUACUGUAAAAAUCUUCAAGAUUUACAUAUUUGCUGUGUACAAAACAAACACAGGCUUUAACCAUGCACAUCCACCAAACAGUAGAGCUGUAAUUUGUCAGACACUGACACACACAAUACAAGAGAAAAGACUAAAUCCAUUUUAAUAAGUCUUAGUGAAGUAUAUAAGUCUAAAAAUCCUAUUUUUCUUGAAAUAAGAGAAAUAAGGUUUUAUCAUUUCCAUUUGCUUUGCAUUGGAAAUCAGUUCAAUAGUCUCACUGUUCUGAGAUAUAUUCUGUGAAAAUUAUGACUCAAUCCUUGGUUAAAUCAUGUUUUAAGAUGGAUAUUCUUUGCAGUGUGCAUACACAACAUGCACACACAUACAGAGAGUGAUCACCUGUUGACAGUCAUCAUGUUACUUUCACACGGACGCACACGCACCCUACAGUUCCCCUCUUAACUCCUGGUCUAUUCUCAGAGCACAGAUGCUGUUGUUAUAAAUUCCAGUGUCUGCUGACAUUAAACUGAAGAGGCGAUGUGAAGCAACAUGACUUUAUUUGAAUCACAAUGACAAUCAAUAUCAUAUCACCAAAUCAGUAUCACAUUCAGUGCAAAGAGAAAAUGAAGGGCAUACAACAGACAUUAGACAGGAUAAACAAAUCGCCCUGUCAUCACCAUAACUGACAUUUCACUCUUUCACAGAGCCUAGAAUGUAAAAGUAAUACAUCCUACAGAGCUUUUGGGAGAUUAAUGUCUUUGCCAAGUCAUCAAUUCAGUGAUGAGAACAUCAAAAUAGUCUGGGACUUCAAUUCAAAAGUAACAAGAUUUAGAGAAGAAGAACUUUUACUAAAAUUAUAAUUUGGUAGGAGUCGGGAGGACAGUGGUUAUACCCUGAAUAAUCAUGUAUUUUAAAAAUUAUUACAUUGUUUGAUCAUUUAAUGACAUAUCAUUAACUAAAUAUAUUACUGUAAGUUAUAUAUGCAGGUUAAUUUUUGGAUGUCAUGCAGUCAUUUACGGCAAAGUGAUCUGUACCUGUACACAGUCACUCAUCACCCCCACAUACAAUUAGUAUGGAAACACAAGGAUAUCAUAUGGAUUACAGGGAAAGCAGACCCUUUAAAAAGACAUGAAAAUAAAUAUUGAAAUAUACAGUGGUGUGAAAAAGUGUUUGCCCCCUUCCUGAUUUCUUAUUUUUUUGCAUGUUUGUCACACUUAAAUGUUUCAGAUCAUCAAACAAAUUUAAAUAUUUGUCAAAGAUAACACAAGUAAACACAAAAUGCAGUUUUUAAAUGAAAGUUGUUAUUAUUAAGGGAAAACUACUGUGGCUUUUUCCAUGGUCCAGUUAAUAUGAUGUAUUUACCAGUGACAACCUUAAAGUAAACAGCUGAUAAAUACAACCUGAUCUCAUGCUAUUUCCCAACUUUACCAGUUGACAAUUCACAGUUAGGCAACUGAAUGACCUGCAGUAGAUUGUGGGAUACUGAUGGUUGCAAAUGGUAAGCAGUUGUGUGCUCCAAAUUUGGGGAAAUGAAUGCUUCAUUUCUUGUAUGGAUUUUGAGGAAUGGGACUGGCCUUGAUGACCUGUUAUUGUGUCUAGAAAUGCAUGAACACAACACUUGUCUAUGCUGAAGUGUUGGACAAUAGUGGGCUUCGUGCUAACACUAGACUUAUUUCCACACAAAAGUGUAUGUCCGUGUCAAAGUGUCUACUAUAACUCAACAGUGUGUUAUAACUCAACUAAGAGUGUGUAUGACAUGCUCAAGUGUUGUCUUGGAGCCCACUACAGCUCUGAACAAUGUGUGCUUAAGUGUUAGUAACAUCACAGCCAGUGUAGUAUGAAUGAUGUUGAUGGCAUAAAGCCCCUAAACUUCAAAUCAAGUAUUUCUCUAUUUCAUUAAAUAUGAAUGAGUGAUGUAAGCAAGUAAGCAACAAUCAAAGUUCAACUUACAAUUUAUUUUUAAGAGUUUAACACUUGAAAUCAGGAAUGUGUGGGUGCGGUUUGAUCACAUGUGAUUGACAGUGGCAUGGCAACAUAAGCAAACAACCCACAACUCAUCAGAUUUUGAUUCUAUUGAGCAGAAGUAUUCAAAAAUGCAAAUCAGCCUAAAAUGAAAUUGUAUAACUAAAUGAGCAUCUGCUGGACUGGUUUAGCUACAGAGGCCCAAAUAGAGUGAGCUGGGAGAGAACGAGAGCAUUGCGGUUGAUGUCAUUAGAACAUAGUUAUCUGAUUACAGUAUGAACAAGACCUGCACCCUUAAUGCCUCCUGCCCUGAUAGGAUGAUUUGGAGUCAGUGAGCUGGAUAGGAAAAUGUUCCUUGUCUGCAUGUACUCCUGCAAGUAAAUUAGCUCAUACAGUAAGUGUAAAGAGAUUAUGCAAAUUAGUGUGUUUGUGGUUGUUUCCUUAUGAGCACCAACAGACCUCUCAAGGACAGUGAGUUUAGGAAUAGCUUCACCACAACCCUCAGCCAAAUCAACCAUUUCACUUCACUGCAUCAGUAUGUUAUUAGUGUUCCAACAUAAAAAACUGCCUCACUAAUCAUAACAGCCACAGCUAUAGCUACAACAAUUGCCAUAAUCAUGUGCAUAGUCCCAUCAAAGCUACACACACAGCCUUUUACAAACACAGCCAAAAGCAGUCAGUCAUGAAAUUAAUGCUACCACUUUCCUAUGUAGCUAACUGCAGAGCUUACAUGGAGUUAACAUUUAAAAAAAUACUCUUAGGUCGCAAAACUUUUACCUCAUACAUGCCAACUGCUAUGAAUCCAGCUUAGCUUUGUUUCAACGUACAACCCCACAGCCAGUUAUAGCCGGCCACAGCUAGUGGCUAUGACCACAGUUGGAGCUCAGCCCUGCUGGGGUCUGGUAAUGACUGACUAUUAGUAACAGUGAUUCCCAAUCAUUUUGCUUUUGAACCCUUAAAGGGGACCUAGUAUGCUCAUUUCCUGCUCUAUAUUUUUAUUCUGGACUCCACUAGUGUAGCUUUGCAUGAUUUACAGUUAAAAUCAAGGCAUUUAGACCCCCCUCCCUAAAAGCCCACUUUCUUCUGAUUGGCCAACUUCCAGAAGCCUACCGAGAAGCAGCACCCAGUGCUUGUGGGCCACUCUGCCUCGUCAUCUUGCCGGUGUGCUCGACGGUAUAUGACAGCCAUAAUAACUUGGAAAAUAGCUAUUUGGGGGCACUGAAUUUCAUGAGUUUACUGUUUAUCAGACCACAAAUGAGACAAGAAUUAGGUUGGAAAAAACAAUAGACACCACUGGAGCAGAGUGUUUCUGGGGGCUGGUGUAGGUACCAGACAUGCUCAGCAUGGCAGAUCUGCUCAGGGCAUCACUGAUUACUGUACAAAAACGCACAACUUUUAUAACUUUAUUCACUGAUGUUGGUGAAACUGGAUCAUGUUUUAUGGAGUUUAUGGAGUUUCAAGAUGGACAGAUAGCUUUAAGUAGAAAAAAACAUUGGAAACCUAGUAUUCAGACCAGUCUGAAGCCUGAGCUUUUUGCUCACAGGGAUUACUUUUACAUGCGUUUACCUUAUUAUUUGAACCUUUGGCCACGUUUAAUAUGAACAUCCGACAUUGUAACGUUAUAUAUAUGACAGAAAAUAAGGAAAAGCAUAAUAGGUCCCCUUUAAUACAAAGUGAUGUCCUCAUGUGACUCAUCGUCACAUGAUGCAUGUGCUGUGAGUAGUUAAUUCAAACAGUGAAUUUCUUCUCAGAUUGUUUUAUCUGAAUAAUUUUUAGAGGCCUGAAGAGGUAAAACUACAGUGUUAAAAGAAAAAAGCAAAGAUUAGAGAAAACACCAAACAUAAACAAAAUUUUGUGUAGCAGAAUUUAGUUUUCUAGUGUAUCGCAACAGUUUCAACCUGUAGGGAGAGAAUGUUACUCAGCCACACAAACAGGGUUUAACCAACCUUCAAAGUGAAAUUAAUCUUGAUGUGAUUUGUCAGUGCAAGGUUAAAAAUCAUACUGAAUUUGAAUCCCAACCAGGCCCAUUAAAUUUAAUUAUAGUGGCAAAUGGCAGGCCUAAUAUUAUACAACAUAUCCACAGUAUCCAUUAUAAUGUAGCAUCAGCUGUCUGAGCCAGUGAGAGGGAUGUAGAAGUGGAGUGAGCACUAUGAACAUACACUCCAACAACCCAUCAUCUCAUAAUCAUUUUAUUUAUUUAUUUUUAAUUUGACCGCUGUACCCUAAUCAUAUCCAGCAAGCCAAGAAUAAUCCAGACACUACAUCCUGAAUGCAGAGUAUGUUCCCUCGUCCGCCCAUCGCUUGGACAGGUCAAGUGGAGCGGGUGAAUGAGAGGCUGGGGCUUUAAUGAAGGUGUAAUCAACUUUGUUCAACGAGUGCUCCUUAAAUGAACGUAUGGCAGGCUCUCUCUCUCUGCCUCUCUAACACACACGCACACGCUCACACAGCUGUCGCUGAUGAGAGCUGUAGCGAUGGAGACAAAAGAUGCCAGCUUGUUGCUGAGGAGCGGCACCAGGCAGGCUACACAGUGGGGUGAAUGGCCUCAUCAGCACCAUCUCUUCCUGUGUUUCUAUCCAUCCCUCGCUCUCCAAUCAUGCUAAUUACACUAGAGAAGUGGAGAGGGCAACCAGCCGAACACACACAGAAGCAUACCUGACACACAGGCACACAUAUAUUUGUGCUUGCAGGUCAUUAAAUGGGGUGAAAAUACAAAGACUGCCACAUCAGUGACAGGGGUGCAUGCUCAAACGUGUGUGUGCGCGUGUGUGUGUGAAAGUGGGAACAGACAUCACUCAUAGUGCGCUUCAUUGAGAACAUUUUCUAAGAUAGUUUACACAUAUAGCUGAUGCUUCAUCAAUGACAUCAUGUGCGUCAGUAUACAAAAGAGAAAUUCUCUCAUUUGCAAGGGUCAAAACCACAGCACCUUGCAAAUAUAAACUGCAUCAAAGAACAGCCUCUGCAAUAUAUAAACAAUGUAAAGAUGUGCGUUGCUGCAGUUAUGCUCAGUAUUGUUGUUUUGUGAAAAUACUCCUACUCUCUGCUUUUCUUCAUAUUGCACAAAUGCCAACCUUUCCAGUGGUCUCUUUUGUGAAUCUUGUGUACUUUUGAAUGUGACAUUUUGAUUAUGAACUGAAAAGAGAACUCACCUAUCAUGAUAUAGAAAUACCUGUAUUGUGUAAAAUUAAUUAAUCCAUGGAAAGAUGAACUAAAAAGUGAUUAGACUCGACUGUGCCAUAAAGAGACAUCUUCUUUCAGUACUGGUGCUUGUUCCAAUACAAAUAGUCAUACUGCUUUGUCACCAUGCUGUUGGCUGUGUCUAACUAAACUAAAUAUCAGUUGUUACUGAAAUUUUGUUCUAGGCAGGGUGAGCCUCUGCUGUCAUUAGUUUAUUUGUUAUUUGUCUGUAUUUAUCCAUCCAUUAGCUAUGCCCGCUAAUCCUUAGGAGGGUCAUGGGGGUCUGGAGCCAAACCCAGCUGACAUUGAGCGAGAGGCUGGACAGGUCGCCAGUCAUAGACGCUUUAUUGACAUUUAUGUCCUAAAUUUAAUCAGAAGGCACAUACGCUGAAAAAGUUUUUCAGUCUUCGUAAGCUUCCUACGGAGCCCCAGAAUGGCCAUGGAGAAAAAAAUUUAAUAUAUCAAUCAAAACGUGGGAACGAAUUGUAUCUCAUGUGCACGCAAUAGCAUUUCGAUCACUCGAUGUAGUAAAAUGUGAUCUUGAUAUUUUUUUUCUCUCUAUGGCCUCUCCUGGGCUCCAUAGAUUCCUAGUAUUUGCGUUCAUAGAGCAUGCGCACUAUAAUCCUUCUAGUUAGAGAAUAAUCCUUCAGACUUUCAAUGAACAAUGAACACACACACUGUAGUUUAUUUUGCAUCAAUACCUCAUACACCAUCCUGCUACUGGAAAUACUCCGUGCAUCAACUGUGUAUUAAUCGACUAUUGAUAUAUUAUUGAUAUAUUAUAUAUUAUAGUCCCCAACAAAUACACUAUUUACUCCUGUUUGAGUAACAUUGGCUAAAAACUACAGUGCCUAAAACUGCAGUGUUUUAGUAAAUUACUGAGCCUAAUAAAAAAUGAAACUAUAUACUUUUGAGAUUUAUGUCUCCAGUCGGAACAAAUAGGAUCAGGGCUGACUGAGUGCUCCAGACAGGUUGGGAAAGUCAGAAAGUAUUGCAAGAAGGAUUAAUGCAUUGUUGAUUUUGGUCUUUUCCAGUUUUGUUGACAAUAAGAAAAAACAUUCCACGGCCUUAUCCUUUAAAACGCUGACUCUCAGCUUUAAUUUGAGGGUGAUUACAUUCACAUCCAGUCAACCGUGUAGAAUUUGUAGCCCUUUCAAUGCAUAUCCCCCAGGGGUAUAGGGCUACAAUUCCUACUGUUCCCAUAAGAUUUUUUUUUAAAUCCCUCAAAUACCCCAAAAGCUGAAAGUCAGCACUUCAACCUCACAGUCAGUAUUUCAUUUGAAGUCCAAUGUUCUGGAAUGUAGAGUUUACUCUAAUACUGUGCAGUGUGUGGAAAAAAUACAUUUCUGAUCAUAUAUGUGAUGCAAUACUGUCCAUGGAUAAGAGAUAUAAAUCUGAAACAUACGCUAAGUAGUUAUCAGGCACUUUUACGACACAGCCAUGUCUGCCAGUCUGAGUUCUGUACUGUAAUAAUGUUUUGCUUGUUUCUAUCAUGCUUACUUAUUCCUGAAAGAGAUUUAGGUUGAGACAGCAUUUUAAAUGGCUCUGUUUCUUCAAAAUUUCAAUCAUGCUUGAAAAGAAAAAAAAAAGAGAGUUAAUCUUAUGUAUCUUUUCCAUGCGAGUACUGCUCUGAGGUGACUGUGUAUCUGUUACUGCCUCCAUUGUUAACUGCCAUUUAUGGAGUCACAUUUACUGUACAGUGGGUGUUUUUAUCUGUGCUCUUUGCCAAAAUCGGUCUUCUAUUAAAGAAAAAGUAUUGAUUUACAAUUCA